CUCAAAUAGAUCCUAUUUCUUGAUGUAAUUUUUAUGUCUGUCUGGCAUUAAUUAUUGCCUUGAUUUGGAAUCCCCAAAUGGUGGGCCCUGGACACAGAUGCUCAUCUGCUUGAACAAGAGUUAAACGAGUAAUUGCAUCUGUUGAAAAACACUCAAAAUGUCUGAAAGAAGCAAUGAAGAUAAAUUGCAUAAUAAAGAAGGAAAAGAGGAUUCCGAAACAACUCAAAUCCAGGAUCCACAUAAAAAAUCAGAUGAAAAAAAAACAAGAGAAGUCUUGUGAAAUGAAAAAUGAAUCUAGAAAUGGAGACGAAGUAGAUCGCCUGGCAAAUGACACGAAUCCAUCUAGAAAUCCAUUUUCAGAUAGCCAGAAAUUCGUUCGACAGCUAUUGGACGCCUCGCUAUUGGCUGCCAAUGUAUCACAGCUGAGAGUUGUAAUAGGAGGAAGCUCUGAAAAUAAUUACUUUUGGCCCUUGAUUAUUAUGAUUUCUUUAGCGAUUUUCUGUCACCUUGCGUUUGGAAUUCUAAUGAUUCAAAGAUGGAGGAGUGAGAGAGAAGCGAGGAAAAUUCAUGCCAAUAAAGGUGAAAUAGCACAAGGAAAAAAAUGUGAUUGUAACCCAUGCUUGAAUGUAGAAAGAUGCGACGAAAUUAGCAUGUUUUUCAUGCUUUUCGUCGUUGCUUUGAAUGUUGGUAUCGCAGGGCUAGGGUUACACCCGUAAAGUCAUUUUUUUUCUUUUGGCAUGUUUUGAGAUCUUUAUUUCUUUGUAUGAAGCUUCAUUAAAUAUUUUCUCUCCAACAUUUUAUUGUAUACGAAAGCGUUUUUUUUUUCGUCAGGCUUACUUGGCUGCAAAAAACACAUCUGAUUCAGUGUUUAACAAGAGGGUAUAAUAUUAUUCUGCAUUUUCUAUUGUGUCUAACUUAAA